AACAGAUGGGUAAGAGCAAUGUUUUAAAAUAAGUUUAAAUUUUUAUUUACUUAAAUACAAAUGGUUUGUUCGGAAUAUUUUAUUUUUGGAUGGCUGGCCCAAAAUUUUCCACUGAUCCAUAGAUAUUUUUGGGGCUAUAAAAGACGUAUCAUUCCCUUAAAAUGGGCACCAACUGGUAAAGUAGACCCAAUCAAGAUACAACCAUGAAGCUGAUCGUAGUUGCUAUUAUUGCUUGCAUUCUGAUCAUUGGAUUCACAGAUCUUGCCGAAGGAUGUGGUUGUGUGCCUUGUGGCCCUGGUGGCAAGGCUUGUGCUGGGUGUCCUGAAAGGGUCCCACUCUGCCAGGACCUCAUCCGUACUGUGCAAUAUCUUCAGAAGCAGAUCCGCCAGUGCGUCUGCGGAGAACCAACUUGGAUGAUUUAGAGAUCUUCUCUGAAAACCCAAAAUUGUUAUUAACUUUUAACACCUUAAAAAAAUAAAACCACCGAAUAUUUUUGU